AUGAAGCGACCCCGGCAGCCGAGCGGCUCGGACGGCGAGUCCGACGGCCCCAUCGACGUGGGCCGCGAAAGCGAGCUGAGCCAGAUGGCCAGGCCGCUGUCCACCCCCAGCCCUUCGCAGAUGCAAGCCAGGAAGAAGCGCCGAGGGAUCAUAGAGAAACGGCGCCGAGACCGCAUCAACAGCAGCCUUUCUGAGUUGAGGCGCUUGGUGCCCACCGCGUUCGAGAAGCAGGGCUCUUCCAAGCUGGAGAAGGCGGAGGUCUUGCAGAUGACAGUGGAUCACUUGAAAAUGCUGCACGCCACUGGCGGGACAGGAUUCUUUGAUGCCCGAGCCCUGGCCGUGGACUUCCGGAGCAUUGGAUUUCGGGAGUGCCUCACCGAGGUCAUCAGGUACCUGGGGGUCCUGGAAGGGCCCAGCAGCCGUGCAGACCCCGUCCGGAUUCGCCUUCUGUCGCACCUCAACAGCUACGCAGCUGAGAUGGAGCCGUCGCCCAUGCCUGCUGGCCCACUAGCCUUCCCUGCCUGGCCCUGGUCCUUCUUCCAUAGCUGCCCAGGGCUGCCGGCCCUCAGCAGUCAGCUUGCCAUCCUGGGAAGAGUGCCCGGCCCCGUCCUCCCCAGCGCCUCCUCUCCCGCCUACCCCAUCUCCAGCCUCCGAACCACUCCCGUGCGCAGAGCCGCUGGCGCCGUCCUGCCGGCCCGGAGGCAUCUGCUGCCCAGUCGCGGGGCAUCGUCCGCCCGGAGGGCUCAUGCCUUGGAGAGGCCAGCCGCCCCUGUCCCCGCAGGCCCCAGCAGCAGAGCUGCCAGGAGCACCCAUGUGGCUCCCCUCCCGCGCUCCUCCUCCCCCACAUCCCCUGACGCUGUGGGGUCUGCUUCUCACGUGGCUGUUCCCGAGCCCAGCCCGUCUUCCCUGGGGCCGGCUGGAAGGCCUGUGGGAGCCGUGCGCUACCGCUCCUGGGUCUCUGAAAUCACAGAAAUUGGGGCUUUCUGAGCUGGUGCCCCGCCCCGCCCCCCAAGGCCCCCAGCCAGAAGUGAGGGAGAGUCUUUCUCCAAGAGCUGUAAAAACGGCACAGCCUUUGAUGCACAGCUCCCCAGACUGGCCCCUGUGGGAAGACGCCCUCCUUCCGUCCGCCUCGCCUCCUCUCCACCCCUCCUGGCUCGCCCGCCCAGCAGUGCUGGAGCUGUUCUGGUCUUGACCCUCAGUCCGGGUUCUCACCUGCAUGGAUGAAUCUUGGAAGAGCCCCUCAGGGCAAUACCCAGAGCCCUCUCUUGCCCGGCAUGCAUGGGGCAGCAGGCAUGACUCUUGGCUCUGGGAACGAAGCUUCAGCUACCGGGGCCGAGGCAGGUGGAUUCUACAAAAGGACAGGCCCCAUUAGGGACAAUGACUGGCCGGCUGCAGCCUGUCCCCUGGGGGCCAGAACACGGUGACUGCCUCAUUUCCUGGAGACAGUAACUCAGCAGGAACCACCAAGAAGUCCCCAGGGAGCCCUCUGUGCCCCUGCCUGCCUGUGGCCUGCUCCCUGGCACUGACCACAGGACAGACACCUUCUCAGACCCCACAGCCACGGUGUGAAGACUGGAGGCCCGGGCUGCAGGCACCACCUUCUGCAGCACACUGCUGAUCCGACAAGCCCCUGGAGCUUUGGGGACAGUGGCGAAACUGAGCCCCCAGGGCUCAGACAGCAUUCCCAGGCAAGCCCGGGCUGAGCUUCCUGCCCUUCCUGUCACCAUCCUCCAGGCAUGUGGUCCCUCCCGGCGGGUGCACAGUGGGCAAGGGCCAUGGCCCCACAUGAUGGCGCCCAGAGAGGAAUCCUUUAGGGACUCAGCACCAGACAUCUGCACCGUGUGGCUUGCAUCAGGCUCCCAGAGCCCAGACUGCUGGAACGGCCAAGGGCUGUCGGGAUGAACAAAAAUAACCACGAACCCAGGCAGGAGGAAGGACAACCAGAGGCGGCUCAGCGUUGCAGGGUCACCCGUGGGUCGAGGGCCUGAGAUCCCGCUCUGCCAGGAUUCCACACAGCCGCUAUCCAGGGGCCGUUUCAUGAGCCAGCUCUCGCCCUCUAGCAGAGGGCACAAAUGGCCCAGGCCCCACACCCAGGGGAGCAGCAGACUGGCCUGGCACUCAUAGGACCAGGCAGGCCUCGCCAGCUGAA